AUGCACGGCGGAACAUGGAUAAAUAUCCAGCAUAAUGUGCAAUAUUUUUGCACUGCAAUAUCCGUGCUUAUAAAUGCUUUCUUAAUUCAUCUAAUUGCCAAUAAAUCAUGCAAAGCUCUUGGAACUUACAAGUAUCUUCUCGCCUACACUUCAACUUUCGAAAUAAUUUAUUCGAUUGUGGAUUUUCUUGCAUCACCGGUAGUAUUUUUCACCAAUUACAAUACAAUACGUAUUUUUACAGAUAUUUUAUUCCCACUCAUCUGUUUUUCUUAUGUUUGUGGUUUCCGAGACAUCAUUUUUCAAAAAUAUUCCGAUGUUGAUAAAUGUUUUCAAUGGAUUGUAUUGUGCUAAUUUUGGAACUGUUCUAGGAUUAUUCUCACUACAGUUUUACUAUAGAUACUUGAUUGCCAAAAAGUGUGUUUUCAAAAAUAAUUUCCUAUCUCACGAUAUUAUAUUUUAUAUUUCAGUAGUGCUUUACUCAAAACAUUCAAAUCGGUCAAAAUCUUAUUUUGGAUGUCGAUUCCCUUAAUUUCCGGAUCAGUCUGGUUCUUUGCAACGUACGUAUUAGCGGCCCCUAGCCAAACCUUGACUGAUCAUGUUAGAGAACACAUUAUGACAGAUUUGGAUAUUGAUAUCGACACAACAGAGUAUCUGGGUCUAUUUUUCUUUCCAAGGGACAAAAAUGGAACUCCGUAUAUUCAAGUGAAAGAUAUAACAUCUCAUCUUAUACAAGACUUUGAUUUGGUAAGUUUGGCAUGAAAAAGUGAUACAAAUCAAAAGAUGUUCAGACCAUAACUCUGAUAUCAAUCUUCUACUUUGGAAUCGCAUGUUAUAAAGAAAUAUCAAAAAACAUGGUAAAAUCAGUAUCAACAUCUUAUCAAGUUUUGCAAUCCCAACUUUUCUAUGCACUUGUCGCUCAAACCACAAUCCCCCUCAUUCUCCUUAACUUUCCGGUUCUAAGCAUUCAUCUUUGUGCAAUAGCUGGAAAAGAUUUGGGACACUUGAGUGGUAUUGUUACUAUAACUUUGGCACUUUACCCAGUAAUUGAUCCAUUGCCAAAUAUUUUUAUAAUUAAUGGAUAUCGAAAAGCGACUAAAGGUUUUUAUGUUUUUCUAAUCGGUUUUAGUUUAUACUUUUCCUGUUUCAGAAUACUUACAACUUCUUAUAUGUAG